AUGAAGGCAUCACUGAGCUCCUACCAGCCAAUCGCUUGUUGCCUUGUCUAUUCGGCCUCUGUCGCAGGCUUUGGACCAUACUGGUUUCCUACCACCGAAUUGGGCUCUGGCACAAGAACGAGGCUGUCGGUCGGCAACGAGUACCGCCACGGGCAGGCUCAUCAGCGCGCAGUCCAAUCCUUUCACAGUCUGGGCAACCCCGAACUCAGAAUGGCACUCUGCUCUGAUGAUGUCCAUCAUACCAUGGAGGACAGGUUAGCACGUUUUUAA